AUGGUAGAUUUUUACAAACGAUCGUUUUGGCAUUUCACAUUGAAAGAUAUAUUAAUUAUUAUAUCUUCAGUUGCUAUACCCAUAGCUCUUGCUAUUUAUACUGCAAUAGGAUCUGAACAACAAAAACAACAAGCUGAGAAAAAACAAAAGUUUGAUUUUGAACAAUCAAUAGAACUAAGACAACAAACACUUUAUGAUGAAUUUUUAAAUAAUAUUUAUAAAUUAGAUAAAGAUGGUUAUCUCAAUGACAUAAGAAAUCCAUGGGCAUUUGCCAAUGCAUAUUAUCGUGCUGCUCAUCGUCAAUGGGAUACAAUACGGAAAGCAGAUGUUUUACAAUUUCUGAAAGAAAAACAAUUAAUUGGUAGAAAUAAUUGUACUAAUGGAUGUAGAACAACAAAAUUAGAUGAUAUAAUUCGUUUGAAUGAAUUAAGUUUUGAUAAUGUACGUCUAACAAGUGAAACUGGUGUAUUAAAUAAGUUGAAUUUACAAUGCAUUUCUUUUGAUCAGGUAUCAAUGUCAAAUGGGGAGUUUUUAUCUGUUAAUUUAAAUGGUGCAUCAUUUGAUGGAGCACGGUUAGAUAACGCGAAAUUUGAUGGUUCAUCUUUACUUUGUGUUAGUUUUAAUGGUGCAGAUCUAGCAGGUGCACACUUUUCAAACAGUGAUUUGUCAGGAGCUGAAAUAACGGAAGAUCAAAUAAAACAAGCAUCUUUUCACAAUGUAACUAUGCCGAACGGAAAGAAGAGCGAAACUACGUCCUCAACGACAACAAAAAAACCUAUAACACAAACAACAAUAAUGAUGAAAACAAAAAUGUCAACAACAUCAUCAUCAUCCAUAACGUCGACAUCAACAACAACAUCAUCAUCCACAACAUCAACAUCAGCAACAUCAUCAUCAUCAUCCACAACAUCAACAUCAACAACAUCAUCAUCAUCAACAACAUCAACAUCAACAACAUCAUCAUCAUCAACAUCAACAUCGACAUCGACAUCAACAACAUCGACAUCAACAUCAACAGCUCCACCUUGCAGUACUGCUUGUUGUACUGGUGGUACUGGUCCUACUACUUGUACUGCUUGUAUUGACACUGAUCAUGGUAAUGUUAAUGCUGUUUGUCGUUAUGCUAAUCCUAUUAGUGAUGUUAGUCAUGUUUCUGGUAGUUAUGCUAACGGUAAUGGUGAUUAUGGUAAUUUUCUUAAUAAUCCUGGUCCUGGUUAUUUUAUUUAUGAUACUAAUGGUCGUUAUAGUGGUAAUGCUAAUGCUAAUAUUCCUUGUACUACCGAUUAUACUGGUGGUGCUAAUAAUUAUUUUUCUAGUAAUGCUGAUUAUACUUAUGGUUGUUGA